CGACCUCGAUGUGCACAGACGACAGCUCAAGAGACUUUUCAGGAUCUGCUUCUGAUGGCUGACGAAGCAGACAUGGCCCAGCUGCUCAAGACGCUCAAGCAAGUCAAGCGCCUAAUCCCACCACUCUCGCCAAGCUUCCAUAAAGGUCAAGCAGGCCGGACACUCGUGAUUGGUGGUUCAGAGAACUACACAGGUGCUCCGUACUAUGCUUGCAUGUCUUCAAUGCUGCUCGGUGCAGAUAUGGGCCAUAUCUUGUGUGACAAUGAAGCAGGCUCUGUCAUUAAGUCCUACUCACCAGACUUGAUUGUCUUUCCCAUUUUACGCCAAUCGAAUGACCAGUCAAGCGAGCAGAGUGAUGUGGAUGCUAUGAUGGACAAGGUGACACCGCUCUUUGAUCGCAUGUCGAGUGUGAGUCUAGGGCCUGGACUCGGUCGCGAUGCACUCAUGCAAAAGACUGCAGCAGCCAUUGUACAGACCCUCAAGGAACGCAAGAUGCCGCUCGUGAUUGACGCAGAUGGUCUAUGGCUCAUCAAGAAUGAACCAAACCUCGUUCAAGGGUACUUGGAAUGUGUCUUGACGCCCAACGUUGUUGAAUUUGGACGUCUUGCAGAAGCCGCUGGUUUGAAGGAAGCAAUGAAGAAGGAAAGCAAAGAGAAGCAAUGUCUCCUCCUAAGCAAGACGUUGGGCGUGACAAUCGUACAGAAGGGACCGAAAGACUACAUUUCAAAUGGAAAAGAAACGCUUGUUGUGGAUAUGCCUGGAGGAUUGAAACGGUGCGGAGGUCAAGGUGAUGUCCUGAGUGGUACGAUGGGCACGUUUCUCUCAUGGCAAGCAGCGUAUCGCGCAGGUCUGUGGGAAGAAGAUACAGAAGAUCACAUGGACGCCGAGCGUUGUAUGCUCUUGGCUGCGUUUGGCGCUUGUGCCACCACACGAUUUUGCUCAAGACAUGCAUUCGACACAAAAGGACGCGGCAUGAUGGCAACGGAUCUUGUGGCUAGCGUGGGAGACGCAUACAAGGCACUAUUCGACUCGCCAGAGGAGCAGGUUCAGCGCAUAUUAGGAGACCGAGAUGCCAAGAUAUAAGUCAUGAGUAGCAUUGGAAAUUUAACUUAGUAGCGUUCCAGCCGUCGUUUCUUUCGGUGUGCUGCUUGUCGCGUCGUAUCUGAAUCACUGUCAAUCGUCAAACUCUCCAAUGCACCU